AGGAGUUUUCUGACUGACUGACUAGGGGCUGACUGACUGGGAGUGAGAGAUGCUUUGCAGAAACAUGGUGCAAAACACAGCGUUAGAGAUCUUUAACGUUAUUAUGAGAAGUGUAGGCGAGGAAAAAGACAUCAUCUGCAAUAGUCUAGUGCUGCUGCUCGCUCUGUGAGUGAGCACACACACGAGUAACAGGAUGCUGACUGCAGCUCACUUAACAGCCACUGGUAUCACAAAUGAGAAGGAUUCUGAUUCCUACAUACAGAGCCUUUAAGAGAAGACUUGAAAGGAGACACUGACUCAGACAGUCUUAUGUCCCUAGGCAGAUUGUUCCAGAGCCUCGAGGCCCUGAUGGCAAAGGCUCUGUCCCCUUAGUUUUCAUCCUGGACCCUGGAAGAGACAGAAGACCUCUGCCUAAGGAUCUUUAACUACGGAAAGGUUCAUAAGGGCUUAAAAGGUCUAAAAAAUAAUCUAGAGCCAGGUCAUGAGGAGCCUUGAAGGUAAUCAAUAAGAUCUUAAAAUCAAUCCUAAAACAAACGAGAGGCCAAUGUAAAGACACUAAAACAGGUGUGAUGUGAUUGUGCCUCUUAGUUCUGGUCAAAAUCCUGGCAGCUGAGUUCUGUACAGUCUGUAAAAGUUUAUUGAUUAAGACAAGAAAAAAGGCUGUUGUGAUAAUCAAGGUGCGAGGAUAUAAAAGCACAUACAACAGUUUCUGCAUCUCUAAAAUUUAAAAUAGAUCUUAUUUUUACAAUAUUUCUGAGGUGAUAAAAACAUGAUGAGCAAUGUGAUAUGUUGCUCAAAACAUAAAUUGCUAUCAAACAGGACACCAAGAUUUCUUGCAACAGGCUUGAUAUGUUGUGACAGGCAACCAACAGAUAGUAGUAUUUGUUUUGUGAUAUGCUGGGACCCAAUAACAAGGAUCUCUGUUUUAUUAGAAUUGAGAAGAAAAUUUAUCAACAUCAUUUUUUAUAUCAAUCAGGCAAUCCUGUUGAGAAUUUAGGAUACUGAGGUCAGUGGGCUUAACAGGGAGGUACAACUGUGUGUCAUCCGCAUAACAAUGAAAAGAAAUACCAUGUCUACGGAUGACAUCACUCAAGGUGAGCAUAUAUAGGGAGAACAAAAUUGGUCCUAGAAUUGAUUCUUGAGGCACACCAUACUUGAUGAUAACAGAGACACAAAACCUCCUAUUUGACAAAUAUGAUGAGAACCAGUCCAAUGCAGUACCAGCUAUGCCCAGGCAGUGCCUCAGUCUAUCUAAAAGAACACCAUGAUCAAUCGUGUCAAAGACUGCACUUAAGUCAAGCAGCACAAGAAUUGAACACAUGGCUGAAUCAGCAUCACUUUUCAAAGAUACAGAAACAUUUUUUUCAAGAAUCUUAGAAAUAAAAGGCAGUUUAGAAAUCAGAUGAUAAUUAUCUAGGAGGGUAGGAUCAAGCCCAAGUUUUUUAGGACUGGUUGGACACAAGCUGUUUUAAAGUAAUCUGGGACACAACCAGUAGACAGCGAGCUGUUCGAAAUAAAAAGCAAAUGGGGCCCAAUACACUCCAUUACUUCAAAUAAAAACUUAGUUGGAAUAUGUCAAGAGGGCUGAAGGAUACUCUAAUAUGAGACAUGAUUUCUAGAAGUUCAGGUGAAAUCAUAGGGGAAAAAUAACUCAAAGUAUCCCGGUGUGGGUGGUCAGCAUCUAAAAAGGUAGGACUGGGGGUAAUUCUGAGUCUUAUUGACUCCAACUUUCCAGCAAAAUGCAAUAAAAACUUUUCACAAUUAGCAGAGGCACCAGGAGAUGAAAAUAGCAUGUUCUCGCAUCUUUAAACAUCCUAUUAUAAGUGAGUAAUAACUAUUUUAUAGCCUCAAAGUGGACCUGGAGACCUGAUUUAUUCCAUCUACGUUCUGCUUUUCUGCAUUUCCUUUUACAGCUUCAAAUACUGACAUUUAACCAGGGCUGCUUUCUAGUCUUUGAGUUAGAUCUAGUGUUCAAAGGAGCUAUGAGAUCUAAGGUUGAGGAACAAAGAGAAUUAAAAGAAUUAACCAAAAUAUUGGUGUAAGAGAAAUUAGGAAGCACAUUGCCAUGGUAAUGAAACAGUGUACAGAAUUUAGAAGCACUAUGCUCAUUAAAGAUGUGAGUGUACUUAGAGCAGGAUAAGACAGUGCUAGCAGCCUGUAAUUCACAGUUAAAAACAAUGCAUUGGUGAUCAGAUACAAACAUGUCCAUAAUUUCCACAGAUGAGAUUCUCAGACCCAGAAUAAAGACAAGGUCUAUAAUGUGGCCACGGUUAUGAGUUUGGCCAGACACAUGUUGUUGAAAGUUAGAGGAUUUAGUGAUAUUUAAAAAAAUCAGUAGCAGUGACAUUAAAAGACUCGUCAGCGUGAAUAUUGAAAUCACCACAAAGAACAAUUCAAUCAUAAUUUAAAACAAAAUUGGAUAAAAAAUUCAGGGAGCUACAUAAAAAAGGAGCCAGCUGGUUUAGGGAGGCGAUAAAUUACAGCAAUUGUCCGGAUAUGGACCACCAAGUUUAAACAUGAGCACUUCAAAGGAAUAAAAAUCAUUACAAGCUAUUAGGUUACAUUUGAAAUGCUUCCUAUAGACAGUAACAAAGCCAACACCAAGACCGCAAUCCCUAGGUCGGCUAAAACAGUCAUAAUCUGGGGGGCACAAUUCAGCAAGCGGAUCAGCAACUGUGAUCACUAGAUUGUAACCAGGAUUCUGUUAAAAACAUAAAAUCUAAAUCAGCAGAAGAGAUACAUUUAAUACAUAAAUGUCUUAUUAGAGAGGGAUUUUACAUUGUGAAGAGUCAUCUUAAACCAUCUGUGCUGGGUUAAAACUGGAGCUGGGGUUUUGGUCCAGAUAUUUAUAAAAUUAUUAAUAUUGCUGUGUAGGAUGUGCCUGACAUUGACAGACUUUGACAGACCUAUGUGUAAUUUUUACAGGAACCUUACAACUACGUGAAACAGCACUAGAAUGAUCCGGAGUCACCCAGUAUCCGUUAAUUCUUGCAGGACUUCAGCGUAAGUUCCAUAUUCAUUCAAAGCCAUUAGAUGAGACUCAAAUCUGUUUGGAUGAACUCCAUUGUGUCUGAAAAGUGUGGGUCUGUUUCAGAAGGCUGUAAAUUUGUCCACAUAUGGAACUCCAAGUGCACAACAGUGACCUAUAAGCCAGAUGUGAAGCAGACGAACACGGCUGAAUUUCACAUUGCCAAGGCGAGGUGAGGGCAGUGGUCCAGAUAUAAUACAGUGUUUGUAUGAGUCAAGUAGAUUGUUAAUGAGUGCAUUAAAGUCCACUUUGAGCAGUUCAGAGGUCUGCUGCCUGAAGUUGUUUGCUCCAACAUGAAUGAUGACUGCUUCAGCAGAUGGAUGUUCAUGAAGCAGAUGUGGAAUCUUAGCAUCAAUAUCCGAAACUAAAUCCCCUGGGGGCUGGUGGCUUACCCAAGAAGGGCUGGUAUGAGCUGUCAUACUGCUGCUGCUCCCUGCUGAUGCUGUAUCGGGAGCCAGGGGUGGUGGGGCUGAUUCCUGAAGAUUCUCCAGAACAGAGAAUCUGUUUGAUAGCUGGAGUCCUUCCUGGCUGGUGUUUGGUGAGCAGGGUCUUCUGGCUCUCCCUCCACCACAGACAGUAGACCACCACCCAGCAGGGGUUGGUGUAGAGCAAGCCUGCAGCAAUUUCAGCUUGGCACCCAGUUUAAUCCAUGGGUCCUCAGCAAGUUCCAACAUGAAGUGCAACUUGGGCAGAGGGGCUUCAUCCCUGAUGGUGUUAUCAGAUCACGGAAGGGGUCAUUUCCAGUAUUUGCCCGUCCUUUAAUUGAUAGAAGUUAUGAGAGAUUUGGCCCUGCAACUCCUCAAUUAUCAGGGUUAGACUGAGCAGCUGGGGCACCCAGGCAACAGUCUCACAGGUAAGGCAGAACAGUGACAGCUCCUGACAGAUGAGAAGCACACAGCUGGUGGAGGAGGAGUGAAGGCGACCUGAGAUGUGAUCGCUGUCUCCAUUCAUCAUGAUACCGCUCUUCAACAUCAAUAAGUCUGACACGACUAAAGGAGAGGUGCUUCUGGAGUUCCUGAACCAGUCAACAAUAUUCUGCAGCCAGUUUCAGAACGGCCAGUGGUAUUGCUACAUUCUGCUUGUUCUCUUCACUUUCGCCCUUCCUGUGGGCAUCCUGGGAAACUUAGCAGCCCUAAUCAACUAUACCUGCUUCAGGAAGACCUCUAGCACCAGCAAUGUGUUCCUGUUGAACCUGGCCCUGUGUGACUCAGCCUGGAUCCUCACCAUCCCCUUCACUCUCUACUUCACCUUCCAGAGGCCGCACCUCAGAGGCAAUCAGAUCUUCUGCCAGUUCAAGAAGGUCUCCUUCAAUAUCAACAUAUAUGGCAGCAUCCUCUUUCUCACUCUCAUCAGUUUCGACCGCUAUGCUGGGACGGUGCACCCUAUCAGCUCUCUCCGGUGGUGGGAUGUGGGUAAAGCCAAGUUGUGCUCAGUCUGCACAUGGGUCGUGCUAGUCCUGACAUCCAUUCCUGACUUAUUUCUAACUUUUGCCAUUCAGAGGCCAGAAAAUGUCACUGUGUGUAUGGACCACAUCCAGGGCCCUUUUAACUAUGUCAAGACAAUCACCAUCAUCAGAACAAUAGUAGGCUUCCUGCUACCGUUCAGCGUCAUGCUUGUUUUUUACAUGAUGACAGUGCGUGUUUUGAGGCGUCUCCCAAGGGGUAUAAGGUGCAGAAGAGCUCAUCGGGCAGGAGGUAAGCCGCUGUGGUUAAUCACUGCCACCCUGCUCGUGUUUGUGGUCUCCUUUGUGCCAUACCACGUCAUGGUCAUCACCCUGGUGUUCAUGAGGAUCCAUAACCAGGUCACACCCUCUAACACCAACAUCCUGUAUGCCAGUUACCAGUUCUUUGAGGCCAUGUGCAGUGUAAGCAGCUGCCUGGACCCACUGCUGUAUAUUGUGGCUAGUGAGCAGUUCCUGAGGAAGCUGCUGGCCUUGAAAAGAGACCGAUACAGGAGGCUGUGCUGCAGAGCCAGCAGGAGGGUUGGAGUAAUUGGAUGACUGAGUGGAUUCAAUGCAUCACUUUUUUGGCUAGCUUGCCUUAGCAGUUUCACUGUUACAAAUGUGCCUGUGGCAGAUUGUAAAGGUACAAUUAUCUGGUAUUGUGGUAUGCUGGUAAACUGCACUAUUAUGGCAGUGAGACAGCAAUAGAGACUACUGUGGCUGAUUAAAUCACAUCAUGGCAUGUUUUGCUUUACAAAAACAUUUUAUUAAAAUCUAAAGUAUAAUAAACUUGUUGACUGGUUGUCCCAAAACUUUUUACUGCCAAACAGUUAUUCUGCUGAUUAUUUUCUCCAUUACUCAUUAUGUCAAUAACUUGCCAGAAAAUUGUUAAUGGGGACAUAACACACUUUUUGUGAUUUUCUGUCAUUUAUACACUGUUAUAAUGUCAACAACUUUGUAUUGAUUUGC